AUGCAGGACUUGCUGUGGGAGAACCACAGCUCUGUGUCUGAGUUCAUCCUUUUGGGCUUCUCCAGGGAUUCCCAAAUUAAUGCAAUUCUCUUCACCAUUUUCCUUUUCCUCUACCUCUUGACACUUGUGGGCAAUGGGCUCAUUGUCACCUUGAUCCACCUGGACUCCCGCCUCCACACACCCAUGUACUUCUUCCUCAGUGUCCUUUCCAUGCUGGACAUGAGCUAUGUCACCACCACUGUGCCCCAGAUGUUGGUGCAUCUGGUCUGCCAAAAGAAAACUAUCUCCUAUGUUAGGUGUGUGGCCCAAAUGUUCAUCUUUCUGGUGUUGGGCAUCACCGAGGGCUGGUUGUUCUCUGUCAUGGCUUAUGAUAGAUAUGUGGCCAUCUGCUACCCACUCAGAUACAAGGUUAUCAUGAGCCCAUGGCUGUGUGGGGCAAUGGUGGUCUUUUGUGGACUGUGGGGUGUCAGCUGUUCCCUAAUCUACACUGUCUUCACAAUGCGCCUGCCCUAUUGUGGCCCCAGUGAGAUCAACCACUUCUUCUGUGAGGUCCCUGCUGUUCUGAAGCUGGCCUGUGCAGACACAUUCCUCAAUGCCCAAGUAGAUUUCAUCCUUGGCUUCAUCCUUCUCCUGGUACCUCUUUCCUUCAUUCUGGCCUCUUACGUUCGCAUCUUUGCCACCAUCUUGAGAAUCCGCUCAGCCCGUGGUCAACUCAAGGCCUUUUCUACCUGUGCAUCCCACAUCACUGUAGUCACCAUGUUCUGUGGACCUGCCAUGUUUAUGUACAUGAACCCUGGGGCCAAUGCCUCCCCAGAGCGGGACAAGAAACUAGCUUUGUUCUACAAUGUCAUCUCUGCCUUUCUCAACCCCAUAAUCUACAGCCUCAGAAACAAAGAUGUCAAAAGGGCUUUCCUCAAAGUAACAGGCUGGGACAGGGCCCCUGAGUAA